AUGGACAACCAAUAUUACCGCGGAGCAAACUAUUAUGUUAACGCAGCGUCUCCAGUGUCGUCGGGAGACUUCCUUGAAUCUCCUACGUUCCUAGAGGCACCGGCACUCGUCCGACAGCUGUCUGACGCCAGCUCGAGAGAGCCACUUACCCCAUCCUCAUACGGCUCACCUGGGUCACCAGGCAUGUCUUACGCAUACCACACAAUGAGUCAUUCUCCAGCAGACAACUAUGCGGCAUACUAUGGCGAGGAGGGCGCGUACUACGGCGACGAAUAUGCCAAUGCCGCAUCUUCCUCGGCGCAGCAAACGACCGAGUCAUACUACGGCGAUGUCGACUGGUCGAAAUAUGACUAUGUCCCUACGGAGGACGGAGGCUACUGGCAAAUGAAACCUCGAUUUGUGCCUGCGGGACAGUAUCCGGCAGUUAUACCUCACCAGGGGGGUCAGGAGCAGCAAGAGGUGGUUGACUACAAGUUUCCCUGUCUAGAAGCGGGCUGCACAGCGAAUCCCUUCAAGCGGAAGGCGGACCUGGAGCGACACUACAGACAGGUGCAUCAGGACCCAUCUAAAAAAGAAGCCCACAAGUGCGACUAUCCCAAGUGCUCAAGAAGAAACGAGCCAUUCGGACGACGGGAUCACUUCAGAGACCACCUGCGAGACUACCACAACGAAGAUAUCUUCAAGCGGGGCACACACGUGGAUGACAGCUGGCUCCAAGGACGCAACCUCUCUUCGCGGUGGUGGCGGUGCUCCAAAUGCUUGAUCAGGGUCGACGUCAACUCGUAUCCCGACCAUGUCUGUCCAAAAUGCAAAAACCCGUGCGAAGACAAGCGCAAGCGAGCUCGAGGUUGGCAUUGA